AUGCUGCUUCAAGGGCCUGUCUUCGUGGGUGUGCCCCUCCUGGGACCCAUCCUGAUUUGCAUGUUUACUCAUCAUCAGACAUCCGGUUGGUGUGAGGAUGACAGGAAGCUGUCUUGGUGCCCACCCCACAAGGUCAUAUUGCUUGUGUGGGCAACCAUCUACUCUGUCAUGGGGUAUGCCUCCUACCUGGUAUGGAAGGAACUGGGCGGAGGCUUCCGGUGGCCCCUAGCACUGCCCCUUGGCCUCUACACUUUCCAGCUCACCCUCAGCUGGACCUUCUUGUUGCUCUUCUUGACAGCUGACAACCCUGGGCUGGCCCUCCUGGACCUGUUGCUGCUCUAUGGGCUGGUGGCAAGCCUGGUGCUUAUCUGGCAGCCGAUCAACAAGCUAGCUGCUCUGCUCCUGCUGCCCUACCUGGCCUGGCUCACCGUGACUACCGCCAUCACCUACCGCCUGUGGAGGGACAGCCUGUGUCCAGCAUACCAGCCUUAG